CUUGUGAUUAUGGGGCUUGCUUGUGACAGUCCCCCCAAAGAGCCUCCAAGACAAAGUCAGUCAGCUGUUUGUUGAGCGCUCUCCAUUUUUUUUCUUUUUGAAAAAUUCGCAAUUAAUUCGGAACCAUGCGCUUUGUCCCUGCAUGAUUCAUACAUUCUGGGAAUAUGCACGUUUUUCCUAUUCUUUCUCGUCGUAGUCGUUUUCUUUGUUCCGUUUCCGUUUUCAAAAAAGUUCGAUGUCACUUGUGGAGCCACCCACUGCGCGCAAACAGCACCUUAGCGGAGAGAUACUGAUUUUCCGUUUGUUUGUAUAGACAAAAACAUUGUUAUAUUUUAGAAUAUUUGAGAUAAUCACACGUACUCUACAAGAUUACACGUUUUUUGUAGCACGGAACGUACCUUAAUAAAUAAAUAUGUUUUUACGAGUUUGUUUGGGCUGUAUUUGGAGCGUCGGGAAAAUCUGACGCUUUCCGCUCAGGCAGUAACCUGCCAGAAGCUGCCACUGUGGCCACUGACGUUUUACACUUUCUUCAAUACCACAGGCUAGCUUUCUUGGUCUGCGGGCGACGUCACAACAAUACAAAAAUAGCCUGCAAAUAUGACCAGUAGCGUCAAAUGCAUCAAUUUAGAGCCAGGCUUAUUUUUGGAAGAGGAUUGACGCUUGAUUACUUCCCCGGAAUGUGCAGCUGCAUCGACUCGAGGAACAGCAAACAUAGCUCAGGUACUAGCUGCAAACUCGACUUUGUUUAACGUCUGAGACAGAGACUCUCGACAAUCGACUUCAGCUUUAGAAAUAAAAAAAGGCUCUCCAUGAUGGAUUACAGAGGCGGAUUCCCCAGAUUAUCCGUUGGUGCAACGGUUGUAUUUCUCGGUAGUAGGUUGCUGUGCGCGACUUGACUAACCAAUGCCACUCGCCAAGUAUACCAAGACUCUGUUCUCUGCCAACUCGGAGUAGUAGAAUUUCAUAAACAUGCGCUACAACUGCAAGUCAACGGCCGCUGGUUUGUACUAGAUUCGUACGUGAGGUAGUAUGGCUUCCAACGCUGGAUACUGUUAAUCAGCUUUGUAUAAGAAGCUGGAGUCCUCGCAAUGUUUCAGAUAAUAUCUCUCCGAUUUCGUUUUUGGCACAAGCUUGACCCAAAAUGAAGGCUUACGCAGUUGUUCUCGGCCUCAUCGCCACGGCAUCCGCCCUACCUCAGCAGCAGCAGCAGCCCAGCCCAAAUCAUGGCGCCUUGGAAGUGGGCAAGACGUAUGCCGUCUCGAGUGACUGGAUGAUCCGUGAGCUCCCCAAGCCGAGACUUUUUGAGGGCGUAGCCAAGGGAAAAAAAGGAAAAGGCAGACCCAAGGGAACGAAAAAGGAUGCCCCAUGUGUCACCAAGAACUCGCUAGAUGCUAUGCUCAGAAACUGCGCAGCCAUUACAGAGCUUGCAGCACAGAGUAUCCUUGCAGCUAGUGACGCAGAUAUGGAGAGAUAUUGGUUUGACAAGGGAGACGCUGCUAUGCGUCAAAAGAUUGCAGCCGCUUACAACUUCCUUGGCCAGCAAUGUGCCCAGUCCAACGAGACGUCGAUCCGCUUCCCUUGCUCCGACAACGAAGGCCGCUGCGAGUCUGGCAGCGACAUUGUGUUCAUGACGCCGCGCGAAAAGACCUUUGAGAUUCUGCUGUGUCCUCACUACUUCUCUGUGACUGACUUUGAAGAGCCGCGCCAGUGCGACGUCCGAUCGACAUCGCGACAACUCCCGCUGCUGCUGACUUACAUGACCAAGGACCCCCACGGCCUCAACUUCAACGACGCCGACGACGACGUUACCAAGAAUAGCGUUGCUUACUACAUGUGGUCCCAGUCCUUUGCUUCUCUUGGUUGCCAAGGCAGAAUUCCAGAGCAGUUUGCUGCCAUGUCGCAGGCAAAGGCGCCUGUGCUGCAAUAGGAGCGAUAACACACCAAACAGCCAGCGGGUACCUGGAACGUGCCUGAACAUACGACUAGUCAACCACAAGUUGCGUCAGUCCCAAGUGUGUGUGAGUGGGCAGAUAGCUAGCCAGGGACCUCUGCGUCAAUCACAUUCGCAGUGGGUCGGCGAGUUUAGGGCAAAAGAGAGAUGUACAACGAGCUGUGCCGUUGAUAAACGUGGCGCCACUCUUGGAAACCUUCUAGAUUUUGGGCUAACACGGAGGGCUAUCGGGGUUCCGGUCUCCCCGGGGCGGCGGCACGGCGACAUGUGGGAAAAACGGUCUGUGGUGUGUACGUGCUCUAGACUGAGUGCGCUUUGGUAAAAGCACAUGUCAGAGAGAGGUGGUUUCAACUGCAGCAUUAAGCGUCUGGAUAUUAGCCCUGUUUCUUUUUUCUUAACUUUCAUAUGUAAUUAUAAACCAUGAACGAUAUGAAAUUAAUUUUUAAAUUAUUUUUCUGAGGAGAGAUGCGAUGCCGCGUCAUCAAUUUUUGGUAUGUACAGCUUUCCACCAAAGAACCCUUUAAGCACAUGUCAGCGCCACAAUUUCAACUGGUGUAAGUUGGUGACGUGGUGCGCUGCAGCCUUCGCAAGCAUGGCCCCUGCAAUCGGCUAUCGCCUUGGCUUCUAUUAUGUUUAUUUUUAUUUCUUUUUCGCUUAAUGCCAUUAUUAUUAUUUUCUCUUUGCGCCACAACCGGCGUCUCAGACACCCUCCUGCGGCGCCUUUGUCUCGCCGUGCUCCUUUUCCGCCUUGUUCACAUUCUUCCACUCCAGCCCUAAGGCCCCCAACCCGGCCGCCGACGCCAAUCCGGCCGCCAUGAGGAAGAUUUGGCGGAUGGCGUCAUUAUACACGUUUAGGAGGGCAUCUAGCUGGUCCGGUACAACAAGGUUGCGCAGCUCAACCGCUCCGAGGUUGCCAACCGUCCGCGCGUCAAGCCCGGGUACGAGCGGCGCAAGGCCCGCGGCAAGACUGGAAGUCAACAGGUUCUGACCGACGGCAAUGAAGACGGUUCCGCCGAGAAGCUGGCAGAAUUGGACAAUGGAGGCUCCGGUUGGUACGUCACGUCGCCUCAGGACAGUCUGGGCGGCCAUGUUGGCUUGGGAGAAACCGAUACCGUUGCCAAAACCAACGACAAUCUGAUAGCCAAUCCACAUGCCUUUGGAAGUGUCUGGUUUCCAUGUGGCCAUUAGUCCUAUACCGAUGGGAGCAAUGAUAGAAGCCGCAUAGGCGAGGGGGGUGUAGUAGCCAAUCUUGCCAGUCAAAACACCAGACGCAAUGAUACCGACAACCAUGCUCAAGAUUAGAGGGAAUGUUCGGAUGCCAGAGUCGAUGGCGUUGACGUUUUGAAUGACUUGGAACCAGAGAGGAACGUAAAAGACGACGACGUUGAAGGAGCCGUUGAGACAGAAGACGUACAGCUGCGCAGCAAGAAUGCUGCGGUUCUUGAUGAUGUGGAGGGGAAUGGUUGCGUUCUCGCGCAUAAAGACCUGGACCAGGCAGAAUGCGACAAAUAAAACGGCAAAGACGACGAGGAGUGCAAUCACACGGCCGCUGGUCCAGUCAUACUUUGCGCCGCCCCAUUGCAGCGCAAGAAGCAGACAGAUCAACGACGGGAUGAUGAGGAGUGCGCCGAGGGGAUCCAGCUGGAGAAACUUUUGCUUCAGCGGCAUUCCCUUAUUCUCGCCUGGCAUAGCCUUCAUAGCCACGGCAAUGACGGCAAUCGCGACAGCACCAAUGGGGAGAUUGACUGCAGCGCGUUAGAGAACGUAGAGGUGCGAGACUCGGUAGGAGUAACUUACUGUAGAAGCACCAUCUCCAAGUAACUUUUGUAGUAAAGACACCGCCGAGUAACGGUCCAACUACACUGGCAAGGCCGAAUGCUGCACCAAACAUGCCCUGAUACUUGGCGCGCUUAGCCAACGGUACGGUACACGAGAGAAGCGUGACGGCGCCGUUCAUGACACCAGCACCACCGAUGCCGGCAAUAGCACGUCCGACAAUGAAGACUGUGGAAUUCGGAGCAGUUGCGCAGAUGAGAGAUCCAAUCUCGAAAAUGACGAUAACAAUGAGGAAGACCAUCUUGGGUGAGUAGUAGGUGUAGAUGCGGCCGGCGAGCAGGAGAAGACAGCAAGAUGUGAGGAGGAAGGCAGAGCCGUACCAGCCAAUAUCAUCUAGGGAGUGGAAUUCAUUGGUCAUUUGAGGAAUGGCCGUGGCCACGAUUAAUCGAUCCUAAGAAAAGUUAGAUGUGGCGCUCGAUGGGUGGGAGAUCAUGGUGGCGUACCAAGGCGGAGAGGAAGAUGACAAUGCAUAGGGCUAGGAUGACCGCAUUGGCAGACUUUGCUGACGGAUAUUGAAAUCCAUCUUCGCUUUGAGUAGUAUUGUCUGCAGAUUUAUCGCUUUGGCUAGUCUUUUCAAUGUCGGUAGGAGUGCUACCGUUGGACGUUGUUGUAGGUGGAGGCAUAGUGGAAGUAGUAGGAGAAGUCAUUGUCGAUGUCGGUGAUCCGAUGACUUGUUGUUGUUUUUAUUGAUGAUGAAAGAAAUCAUUUUUGAAUGGAUUAUUCGAUGAUAUAUAUAUUCAAAAGUGUUUAAGAUUGUAUUUACUAGUUCAAAUAGAUUUUCAUAUAGCGCCUGAGACUGCAAGACAGCUCGGGCCCGAAGACGAACGCUGAUUGGCUGAGGG